AUGUGGCCUUUAGCUGGGGAAAGAACCAACAAGAGGCGUUUGAGGGACUUAAAACAUAGUCUUACUAAUACUCAUGUUCUAGUCUUACCUGAUUUUGACAAAACAUUUGAAGUUAAAUGUGAUGCCUCUGGUUUAGGUAUUGGAGCUAUGCUCACUCAAGGAGGAAAACCGGUUGCCUACUUUAGUGAGAAACCAAGUGGAACCACCCUCAACUAUCCCACCUAUGACAAAGAGCUCUACGCUUUAGUAAGGCCCCUCGAAACUUGGCAACAUUAUCUUUUAUCUAAGGAGUUUGUGAUUCAUACAGAUCAUGAGACUCUCAAGCAUUUGAGGGGUCAAAAACAUUUUAAACGAAGGCAUGCUCCCUGGCUAUGUUGA